AUGGAAAAUCACGAAAAACGGUGGCUUCAGUUAAAUCAGGAAUUUUUGGAGGCGGAAAGAAAAGUUCAAAGUUGCCAAAAAUUUGUUGAUUUAAACGUCGAAUAUGAUAAUAUGAUGCUCUGGAUUGACUCCAAAGUUAUUACUGCUCUGGUCAAUAUACAAGAACUCAACACCUCUGAAAACGCUGCUUACCUCAUUUCCGAAAUGGAGAGUUUGUACAAGGUCGGUAUUUAUUAUAUCGGGCAAAUAGAGAACUGUAAUUCCUCAGUUCAGAAAAUUGGACGUUUUCUCGAACAAGACCAUGAUUUUUCUUCUGAUUUGACCAAUCUUAAGACUAAAGGAAAUGAGAUCAAUGACGAACUUGAACAGCUCCAAUCUCAGAUCGAAGAUGUGAGUAAAUUUGUGGAAAAAGUUGCUGAUAAUUCCUCCCCUGAAGAAAAAUCCAAAUUAGCUGAGUCGAUAGAAGCACUGGAAUCUGAAAUGUCUAGAUUGGGAUUAUUAAAUCUAACUUUUGUUGAGAAUUUAAAGGCUUCUCUGGAAAAGUAUGAAAUCAUUAAGAAAUCGGAGUCAAAAUAUUCGUGGAUCGAAGAAAUGCGUGUUUUGUUAGCAAAGUUAAAAGAAGAUCGAGAUUUGUCGAAUAUAACCGAGGUUGAGAUCGUGCUUGAGGCUGCACACACUUAUUUGACUGAAAUUGAAGGUGAAAGCGAGUUAGUCGAAUCCUUGGUAUUUGCAAUCGACAAUUUAAAAACCAAAUUUGAUAACAUAACUUCCGCUGAACAGCUUCAAACUGAUUAUAAUUCUCUACUUUCUGAAUGCCAGGAUUUUUGCCAAUUUUUAAAUUCUCGUUUGGAUACGUUAAACUAUAAAAAUAAACUUUCUGUGAUCAAUUCAUGGAUUUCUCGGAGACGUGGAAAUUUCCGUUCAUUUACUACUGGAGAAGCGAUAUGUUGUAAUACUGACAAUUGUCGAGCACAGUUGAAACAGCUAGAAGGUCUUGAGAAAACGAUAAAUGAAAAAUCUGAUCAAAUUCAGCUGCUGAAGAAUUAUGACGAACUCAAAGCCGAAAUUGAAACCCUUAUUCAAACCUCGAGGAAACAGGCCGAAUCGCUCAACUUUGAGUUCGAACUUGCCGAUUUUCGGGCAUGGCUGGAAGAAAAACAAAUUUUAUUAAACGAUGAAUUUGUUUUGGUAUGA